GCUCAUAUCGACUCACAACAUCUGCAAGGUCCAACUUUGUGAAAUGCCUCCGCGGCGACAUGUGACGCUGGCACUCAUCGCCAUCGUAGUGUUCAUCGCUUUCUCAUUCCUCCUCUCGAGUGGGGGUCAACAACGUGCAGCGUUUGAUACGAGUGUCGCCCCUAGCGACAGCGUGCUCCACGGCGUCGCAAUAGCGCCAAAACUCGAGAAUGCAACAAUAAAAGCUGAACUGGGCAAUGCAGCCUGGAAGCUGCUCCACACGAUGAUGGCGAAAUUCCCGGACCAGCCGACGGAAGAAGACAGCACGUCGCUCAAAUCCUUUGUCUACCUCUUUGCACGAUUAUACCCAUGCGGCGAAUGUGCACGGCAUUUCCAGCUCUUGUUAGAAAAGUACCCACCGCAGGUACGGACGCGGUCGAGCGCAGCGACGUGGGCGUGCCAUGUGCAUAAUGAGGUGAACACUCGGCUGAAGAAGGAGCUGUUCGACUGUUCUAAGAUUGGGGACUUCUACGACUGUGGAUGCGGCGGGGAUGACGAUGAGAAGGCGGUGGCAACGACAAAGCCGAAGAUUGGGUCUGGCAGUUUUACGCCGCUGAAGUUGGAGAAGGACGGAGGGCUUACUCGAGGGGGUUGAGACUAAAGCAGUCGUCCCAGGGAUAUUCAUUUGAAUCCGGAGAAUCCAUAACGUGUGAACCAAGUUUGUUCUGCACGAUGUGUAUAUAUAUUUACGUGGGCGAAGGAAACAUGUACAAUAAGGGGUAUCAGGAGGCUGGCUCUGACAAGGAAACUUUACAAUAACAUGGAUGA